AUGGUGGACAUCAGAACAUACGUGUUUCAGAGGAGAGCACAUUUAAGAAGUUGCUUGGAAAAAUUAAAGGAUAUGGUACCCUUAGGCCCCGAAGCGUCGCGACACACAACUUUAGGAUUAUUAACGAAAGCCAAAAGAUUUAUAAAGAGUUUGGAAGAGCGAGAGAAGAGGCAUGUUAGUCACAAGGAGCAACUGGCGAGGGAGCAGCGCUACCUACAGCGGCGGUUGAACCAGCUGAGCGAUGCACCCAGAGAUUCAAGACUAUCGGAGAGUUCGAUGACGCAUACGCACACAACGCGAGCUGAUUCGCUCUCGUCCUUAGAAUCCUCGUCGUCUGGAGUGUCCACGGCGGAGCGGUCGCCCUCAUCAGUCUCUGAGAGUGAUGAGGUUGACGUGAUCGGCUACACGUCGAACCAGAGCGACAGUGAGUCGUUGGUGUCGGGGCACAGCGGUGACAGUGGGGUAGGCGUUGGCGCGCGGCGACGACCGCGCACGCCGCUCAAGUCGCGCGUCGCCAACGUGCCGCGGACGCGCCGCGCCGCUCGCCUCACGAAGCUCGUCUAGGUGGGCGGUGCGCGGCGCGGGACAGCUGCGGCCACGUCGGCCCGCGGCUCACGUUAUAACUUCAUAACGUAAACAAACGUAGGACAUUUUGUUGAUACAUGUACUAAGGCGAAUGUUGUUUAUUGUGACUGAACUCGACGCCGGCGACAUCGCGACCGUUCCACGCGACAGAGUGACUCGGCGGCAACCUACGCCCGCGCCGCAACACACCCACACACACACACUACACACACACACAUACACACACACACGACACUGUACACGUGAACACACUACACACCUCUGCGAACCAUCACUAAGUACAAAAUUGCCAAAAAUUUAUAUUCAAAGUUUAUUUUUCACAUUUCAGACGAAUUUGUAUUUUUUUUUUCUUAUUAUUCUUUCUAUUUAAUUGUACCGAGCCUGGCUCGUUUGGAUGAGUUGCAAUAUCGUGUAGUCUAGUGGCGCAUGUAUUCCACUGUGUUGAAAACACGUAAUGUGUGCAAAUCUUUAUCUACCAUAAUGUCACUAUAAUUUUUAAUAUUUUGUAUUUCACAUUUACUGUAACGCGAUGUGUGAGGGCGCGUGUCGUGUAUCACUCCCCGUACAAGUCCACGCCGCCCCAACACGCCAUUAUCAAGUGACCAUGAUGUUAUUUUUGUAUUUAUUAUUCAAUUUUUCUAUCGGACAUAUUCGAAUAUAAAUUUUAAAAGUCUUAGAAAAGAAAAUCGUUUUUGAAAAACUCUUUAGGUACUUAUUGUUAUUGAUUUCCACAAAAACAAGUUGCUAUUAUAGUGUAUGUUGUAUAGAUAUAUCAAUUUUAUAUUUUGUAUAUAAUUAUUUUCUUGUAAAAAUUAAUCAAAUAGAAUUAGAUCUGUGUAUGUUUCCGAUUUGGAGUAAACUUUUUAUAAUUGGGUUUAAUUAACACAAAACAAAGGGAACCCACCAAAAAUUAUUAUUGUUUUUAAUAUUUAAGUCAAUUCUAACGAGAAUUUCCAUCUGAACUCAGGUACUAACACAUUCGGCUAUGAGAAUUAGUUUUAUAAUCGCGUCGAUCGACAUAUGUAAGCGUGACCUGGCUGUGGCAAAUAUUUCUUGUUAAAUUAAAAUCUUUAUUUGCAACAAGUUUAUUUACGAAAUUUAUUUUGAAUUCUAUGGUAAGGAAUACAAGGCUUGUAUUUAAGCGCAGGCUACAUGCUACAUGCGGCGUCAUUUAUAUUUCGUAAAUCGUCCCUUGGUCCGCCAUAUUGCUCCGACGCUAGAACGUUCGGUUUACGUGAUGUAAACGUCGCUCGCAUCACACAUACAUACAUUCACUCACUCAUAUGUACUUCUUAUUUUUUAUUGAAAUACGCGGUAGUUGUAGACAAUACGAUAUUAUAUCCUGUGUUAUUUUUGACUCUAUCCCAUUGAGGAUACAGUCCAAAAUGGCAUAAAAAAUCAACUGCUCGUAAAUUCAUCCACUAACCAUCGUAUUGUUAAGUAUUAAUAUUGAAUUAUUAUUAAUGAUCUCACUUCAUUGUCACACAAUAUCGGCUGGGUAAAUGUGUCAUACACCUACUUACUGAUAUAUUCUCCGGAAAAUAAUUCAGAGUGCAAAUAAAACGGAUAUUUUAAUUUUGUACAAAGGCAUUUCAUUGAGCUGACCCAACACUCGUAUUGAUAUUAUAUUAUCUUCACUAUCGCGCAUCUCCACAUCGCAGGCUAUCUCCACCGGGCGUGAUGACACAGUUAUUUGGUUGCGAUCCUAAGCUAUGUGGACAUUCAUGUACCAAAAAAGUAAUUUACUAUACACGACUGGAGCUGAAACUAUACAUAAAUGUGUUACAAAAUGAUCACAGAA